UCAUUAAUAAAAAAUUAUUAUCAUAACAUUGCUUUCGUUGGUAGCAAACCGUUUUUGAUAUUUCAAUCCAAAUAAUCUUCAUAGCUGUCACAGUAAUUAAGUAAUUAAAUUCUCUCUGUGUAUGUUUUUCUUGAAAAAAAAUACAACAAACAAAAACAUUUGCCAAAAAAAAAAAAACAGUGAAAACGUUUAUUUUUGUUUUUUGUUCGAUGUAAUUGUUAAAUCAUAUAUCGUUCUUUUUGUUAAAGAGGUGGAAAAAAGCAUCUUUUGAAUUCUAAUUGCCAUGCGCUACGGAUAAAAAUAUUUCCUAUGAACAUUUUUACAUCGAUGGAUAAAUUUGUCAACGAUUUUGUAUUUUUUGCCAAAGAUUUGCGAAACAAAGUACUAUCAGCCAUACCGGCAACAAUGGCAUCACGUUCACCACAUAAUAUAAUCGAUCCAACUUCCUUUACAUCGGUGGUACGAAACCCUAGUCUACCGGUUUGUUUUUCAAUACCGAAUGGCAGUUUGGAGCUUGGUACUUUGAUUUCAAUCUAUGCUACUAUAACAUCUGGUGGUCGUAGAUUUCGUAUAGAUUUUUUUCAAGGAAAAUGUCCACAUAUAUAUGGUGAUGGUGUGAGAUGCGAAUCAAACGACAAUGAAAAUAACAUUGCUUUUCAUUUCAAUCCACGAAUUGGUGGCGGUACCGAUGGGCGUGAUGUUGUCGUCCUUAAUUCAUUUUGUGAUGGUCAAUGGGGGCUCGAAGAACGUCAUCAGGAUGCUUUCCCAUUUCAAUCCGAUACACCAUUUCGAAUGAUGAUUCUAGUCGAAUCGGAUGGAUUUAAAGUUGCUGUCGACGGUCGACAUUCAUAUGAGUUUAAGCAUCGAUGUGAUUUUCGUGAUAUUGCUCGAAUUCACAUUGAAGGAAAUCUAAUAUUGGAUUUGGUUGAAUUUCGCAAAGAAAUUCGUUAUCUAGUUCGAACACAAUCAACAUCAUCAUCAUUGACAGUUGAUUCAACAUCUUCAACCGAAGAAGCUGCAACACCAACGGCUCAAACUGCUGCUGCUGCUACCGGUGGUGAUAUAUCACCACCUAGUGGACAUUCGAAAUUAGUGACAUCUCCUGCAAUUCCGUACAUGGAAUUCGAUCCAAAUCUAUCUCGACCAUGUGAUAUUUACAUUGCAGGAAUGUUACCCGCACAUAUACGCGAUAAUUUCGUAAUCAAUUUGGCAAACAGUGUGGAAGCUGAACAAAGUACAGCCGGAAUUGUGAACAUACCUGUUCACAUUAGUAUUCGAGCUGAUAUUCAAGCUAUUGUCCGUAAUACAAUGACCAAUGGUGUAUGGGGUGAAGAGGAACUCUAUUUAAUUGGACCGUUUCAAUUGAUACCUGGAACACAUUUUGAUUUAAUGAUCAGUAAUCGUGAGGAUAAAGUAGUCGUAGCUAUUAAUGGACAACCAUCAUUCGAAUAUAAACAUCGACAUGAAUCGAAAACGAUCGAUUCAUUACAAAUCAAUGGUGGUGUGGUUUUAACUUCGAUUCGUUAUGAAAAUAAAUGAAUGAUGAUGAGACAUAUAUGAAUAGAUGAAAAUUUUUGACGAUCACCGACAUACUUAAAAUUAUCCAGUUUCUUUAUCAUCAUUCGGUUAAUUUGUGUUUUUAUUUUUUCAAAUAUAAAAAUCAAGUUUAUGUUGUGUUUGUAUAAUCA